GCGGCACCGGCCUCUCCUUCACACCAGCUCUGGGCGCCCCCAACCGUGUGCCCCCCGAGCGCUUCUCCCUGCAGAUCGACGACGGGGACCGACUCUAUCCCCACGGAUGCCGCCAUGGCCUCCUACUACUCUCCGACCUUAAGAAGAAUCAGUUCCUGGUCUGGGACCCCGUCACCGGCGACCGGCACCGCGUUGUCCUUCCCCCAGGGUUCGAGGGACAAGCGAUACGCAACCCGAUCCAUGGGGCGGUGCUUCGUGCUGCGGGAGACGCCCACUUCAAGCUGGUCUUGGUCAUGGUGGACAUCGACGACGAGAUACAAGCGGUCGCAAGAGUUUACUCGUCACAGACCGGCAUAUGGGGUGAUAUCAUCUCAACGCCGCUUCCACCCUAGGCUAAUCAGGGCUGGUAUCACACCAGCGUUUUUCCAGAGCCCUCUGUGCUGGUUGGGGAUUCCCUUUACUGGAUGCUUUUGGGAAAAUUUGAUGGAAUUCUCGAGUUUGAUUUUGUCAGGCAGAGCCUAGCCGUGAUACAAGUGCCAGUGAAUAUGUUUGAUGAGGGCUGCUGCUUCACGGUUGUGCGAGCAGAGGGUGGUGGGCUCGGUUUCCUCUCCGUGUCAAAAUUCGCCGCCAAAGCCAGGUUAUGGAAGAGGAAGACAGACUGUGAUGGUGUUGUAUCGUGGGGGCUAGGAACAACUAUUGAACUGGACAAGCUACUCUCCCUCAAUUCAAAGAAGUACUACAUAAGAAUACUAGGGUAUGCUGAGGAGAAUAAUUUGGUCUUCAUGAGCACACCUGUCGGCUUCUUAAUGCUCCACCUUCAGUCAUGGCAGGUCACUAGGCUUUCUGAAUCCAUCCUCUAUUGUCGCCAUCAUCCAUUCGAAAGUCUCUAUAUUGAAGAAAAAGACACUGGUGGUAGACACGAUGGGGCUGAAAUUCCACACAAUGCAUAAGAUGAUUGUCUGGUUAGAUAUGCCAUUAUGGUGUUUUGGUUGAGCAGGUAAGCUUCUCUUUUGCUUAUAUGAUGAGGUA